GAAAAUGAAAUUCGAGGACGGCAAGAAAGAUGUAUACGAGGAGGUUUUCAACUCCUUCGAUGUUGAUCAUAAUGGUUACCUCAGCGUGCGAGAAUUGGGGAAGUGUAUGAAGGCACUAGGAGACAAGUACACCGCUAAAGAUAUUAAGUUUUUAAUACAAUGCGCUGAUAAGGAUGAAAAUGGGAAGAUGGAUUGUGAUGAGUUCUGUAUGACUGCUUCUAUAAUGAACUUGGUAAGUAUGGAUAACCUGAAGCAGUUGAGGGAGGUGUUCAUCUCCUUUGAUUUGGACGGAAACGGUACAAUCAACUGUCGGGAGCUGAGUCGGUGCAUGGAGAAACUGGGACAGCCUCUUUCAAAAGCAGAAUGUAAAGAGCUGAUAGCUUCUGCAGACAAGGACGAGGAUAACUGUAUGAGCUUCUACGAGUUCGUCAUCAUGGUCAAAUCAGAGAAGAAGGACCUGGGGGAAGAUGAUCAGUCCCUGAGAGAAGCAUUCAACCUCUUCGAUAAGAAUGGUGACGGUAGUAUAGAUAAGGAGGAGUUGAGGAAGGUGCUCGAAACUAUGGAGGGCCAGAAUCCAACUGAGGAUGAGCUUGAUGAGAUGUUCAGAGAAGCGGAUUUGAACAAUAACGGUCGGAUCUCAUUCGAAGAGUUUCAGUCAAUUGUAAAUUGAUUAUUUUGUGAAACUAGGAGAUCCAAAAAACAGAGUUUAUAUUUAGGGAUUUUAACACAAACAAUGUAUCAAUGAAGUUGGUGAUUUCAUAUGGUUUAGAUAUUGGAAUUUUUAAGCUGUAGCGUAAAGAUCUGAGUAAUUUGUAUAAUGUAUAUUCGAUAUAUUUUAUGUUAUUACUCAAACAUAUAUCAAUUAAUUAUAUAAUUUUGAACGUGUUGUUUUUGAUUUAUUGAGCUGGCUGACCGAAUUUAAUGUUUGUAAAUUGUGUAUGAAAGCUGCAACAUUAUGUAUCG